GCGAGAUUAUUAAUAACCAUAUGAAUAAUGAAUUUAUCUGUAGCACACCAAAUGUAUCCAAGAAUAAGAAAAUAAUGAGUAGUUUAAUAUUUAUAGAUAUGGACUCCUGCGAGGAAAAGGAGAGCAGCGGUAGCCAGGAGGAAAACGAAAAGACGCAGCCGGUGCAGACGCAAGAUGCAGAAAACGAGGAAAUGCUCGAGGAGCUGGAAGCCACCAGAUUCGAGAAUCAAAUGCUCAAGCAAAGAAUAACUGAAAAUGAAGAAGCACUGAUGAAACUGAAGCAACGUCUUGAAGCCGUAGAGAAGGAGAACCGUGGUAUAGCAAGCUUGUUGAGGAAUCUCGGAACUACGGACAUCGACGACAUUCAAAUGCGUGCGGAAACCUGCAGGACUCAAUAAAUCGGUGACGCAGAAGGUAAUGUUUUACAAAGUAGAUGUCAAAUUGUACACUUUUCUCCUUCUAAUGGAUAUGCCGGUUAAAUGCAAAUGUAUAUGAAUGACAUAUACAUUAUUUGAGAAAUCUGAUUGGGACUAGGCCUGAUAAAUGUUAAGACUAUUAUGCUGGAUUGUGUGCAAAAUCACUUGCUAAAGAUUUCUUAUCAAUUAUGGAACAGGACAGUAGAUCCUCCAGAGUACUAACGUGCACACCUAAUCCCAAACGUCAGCUUGCAAUAAUAAGAAGCAGUGACCAGUGGGGAUCUAAUUUACUGCUAAGAAUCUUCGUACAGGAAGCUGAGUAGCGAAAAGCAUCGAAGGAAUUGGACAAACUUCUUGAAAUCGUAGAAGUUGUAAGCUGAUGCAUAGAAAGCUUGGGGGAUCUUGGUAAUGUGUACUUCGACGAAUUUCAAAUGACGAUGGAACUCUGUAGAGCUCAAUAAAUCACGCAGUACAAAAAUACUAUAAUAGAGUGAGAAAAAAUCAUCACGAUGAAAGUAUUUCAACAGUCAUUCGGUAUAGAUUAUUAAUCGAUCUUCUAAUUACUGCUCAUUAGGUUUUUAGUGAGACGAACUUCUGCAUAAUCGCAGGUUUGUCGAGCUAUCUCUCUCAUUCUGGUCUUAUUGCACAGUCAGUGUUGAUGUUUCGUGCCGUCGCUUAGCGACAGCUUUUGAUGUUCAAUGCCAUCGCUUCACGAUGGCCUGAUAAGAUCGCAGGUGGCGCAUUCACUAUCAUGGGCGUAUUUUAUCAAACAUAAGACUGUCCCAUUCGAAAUAUCUGCAUAGCAAAACUGAACUUGUUGUUUGCUACGAAUUACUUAUCAGACUAAUUAUAAUAUGGCUGUGUUGUUUUGGCAUAAUAUGAGUGCAUCUCUCGUGGAAAAGUUCAGGGUCUUCGAACGAAAAUAUAUUAGAGUCUGUCUAGAUAAGUAUAAAUUAAGUGAUACCACAAAAAGAGAUAAUAAUAAAACAAUCUACAAUUUAGCCGGUGAUCAUUAAAUUUGUAUCAUCUAUUUAUCUGUUUUUUUAGUAUGUCAAUUACUAUUGCGCGUUAGUGCAUUUCCAUAAUACUAAGCUUGAGUAUCGUCUGUGAAAUGCUCUGUACAAGUCCGUUUAGAUCUGUUAAGCCACUUUUCGCUUGAAAAGUUUCGCUCAUUCAAGCUUAUUGUGUUAAGAAUAUUGUACGACAUGUCCCUAAUAAACAAUCUAAAAAAUAAUA